AUGUCCGCGGUGGGAGAGAUCCCCAUCCUGGGCCAUCUCCUGAAGUACUUCGUGGAGGACUUGACAACCACUUUCACGUGGCGCCAGGAUGUUGGCCUGCCCCCAGGCCACAUCAAGGCCAUCCACCCCAUCGGCUCCGUCGCUGUCGUCCAGCUAGCUUGGUUUGAGGAUGCCAUCCAAGAGGCUGGAUACACGGGCCUAUUCACCGCGGACGGGAUGGCGCCGGGCGCGGCGCUGAAGGUCUUCCGUGACAACGAGGAGAGCGUGAACUCCUUCAUGCUGUACUCCCUUCGGGGCCAGAAGCCCGUCUUGCAGGGAUUUGAAGUGAUUAUAGGGUUGCUGCGCCUGUGGUGCGCAGCAGGUUUCUUGCAAGUUGAGUGCGCAGUAAGGAAGGGCUUCAGUCAGUUUGAGCACAUGCUGUGCAACAAGCUGUCGGAUUUCCGGGACAAGGGAUUUGCCGAGAAGCUGCUCCUCAAGUCGUUUGAGACAGCCUCGAAGUACCCCUUCACCACCGGCUUGUCGCAAUGGGCGGAGGGGCCUGGGCUGCUACCAGAACAUACGAAGUUCCCGUUCGUGCUGUGCCUGCGGCCUACUGACAUCAUUCGCGAGCACUUCGAGGAGUUCAAGCAUGAGAAGUUCGAGCACAUUCAAGAGCAGCUGGGCUUCCUGUGUCUUGGCCUAACGCCGGCCCUGUCGGACCUCUACGAAAUCUGGGCUGCCCCAGAGCCCAAGACAAAUCUCACGAAGAUCGGAAUGGUGAGUUUGCGCACCGAGUUCCGCAAGACGAAGUUCGGAGCUAACCGGGACUUUGGGAAGAAAGGCGUUGAACAGUGCUUUCAUGGUUCUGGACAUGACAGGUUCGAAAAUGACCUGAUGAUUCGGGAAGAUUGGAAGCCAAUUGUUGACGAUCCGGACUUCUGGUUUGACGAGGGUGCCAACAACCGGUACAGUGAUGUGGAUCCGGGGGAGAAGGACUCCGGUCUUGGGCAGAAUGCGUGGGCUGGUGGCUACAAUCCAGCCGGCGUGUCCGAGAUGAUGAACGAUGCCCAGCACACCGGGGGCUCACUGCUCGAAACGGGCUCCCGCCCGCGUUGCCCCUUCGCGUAUCUCCAUCAAGGCGAGAGCAGCAUCGUCCACUCGCUGUUGUCGAAGUGA